CACGACAGUCUUUAAAUACGCAAGCAAAACACUCUCUCUCAAUCCGCGCCGGAAGCUGCCUUAGUGCUUCACAUAAUUUCCGUACACUGAGAUUGCAAUUAUAUAUCAGCUACUUUUGAUAGCGGUUCAACUUUAAGCUACCAACUUUUGAUCCUUCCAUGUUCAACUGUGCCUUUUUCAGCUGGCUUUCUAGAUAAGUUUUUGAGUUGUUUACUCAAUUUGAUUGCCAACAUUUGUCUGUAAAUGUGAUGCUCAGACUAUUGUCCUCAGGUUCCGUCUUAUUUUCUCUAGAAGAUCUCGUGUUUUUAAAUUUUUGUUUCUUUACUGGGGCUAAUAUGGUUUGUCUCAUGGUGAGAUUUGUUCCCAUAUUCGAUUCCUUGUAUCUGGAUCAGCAUGAACUUUGUAUAUUCUUGGUGGUUAUCUCGGUUUUCACUUGUCAAACUUAGUUGCUUCCUAAAAUUUCAAAGAACAGCUGGGAUCCCGAUCAAUUUAAAGCAUAAUGGCUUUUCGCACAACUCGCUCAUGGACGUUUUGGGGUCUCGUUGGGGCUUUUAUUGACCUUUGUCUUGCUUAUUUCUUGUUAUGUGGGUCUGCUUUUGCAUUUUUUGCUUCGAAAUUCUGUGAUCUUUUUGGACUCCACUUGUCUUGUCCCUGUACUGGGCUUUUUGGGUACCAGAACAGCAAUAUAUGUUUGCAUAGAUUGCUUAUUGAUUGGCCAGUCAGAAAGAUAUUUUCUGUUCAAAUGUUGAUUAAGAGGAAAUUUCCUUUUGAUUUGAUUAUGUUUGAGGAUCAACCUUGCAAUUGAGAUGUGAUGCGGUCUACAGAUAGAAUUUAUGAUAAUGGGGUUCUGGAAUUCGAGAAUGAAGGAUCUUCGAGUUCAUUUUCAAGCCCAAAAUUGCAAAAUUUGGUUGAUAGAGAAGGUGGGUUUGAUGCUAAGGGGAAGAAAAUUGUGAACCAGAACCAAAAGAAUGGAAUUCGUCGCAGAAGGAGAUCUUCUCUUUGGUAUGGGAAAUCCUCUGCAGUAGUUGUUGCAGGUAGUUCCGGUGCUUCUUAUAAUGGGAGUGAUAUGAGAAGUCAAAUUGGUGAUUGCUCGAGUCCUAUUUAUGGAAAAGAAGACUUUCUUCAAGAUAAUAGGAAUGCUGCAAUUGGCCUUGAUCAGGGUGAGAUAACACGGCAUAAUGUGGGACAAGUUGUAUCAUUUGGGAAGAAUAAAGUCAAGGAUGAUGAUUCUUCAACUGUUGAAAAGUUCAUAUGCAGUGCUCAAGGCAAGUUAGAGAGUGCUGAAAAUGAAGAAAACAUGAUCAGAAUAUUGAAAGAAGCGCUUGAAGAUGAGAAAGCUGCCUGUAAUGCUCUUCAAUUAGAGUUGGAGAAAGAGAGAACUGCAGCUGCAACUGCUGCAGAUGAAGCCCUGGCCAUGAUUCUCCAUCUUCAAGCAGACAAGGCAUCAAUAGAAAUAGAAGCCAAGCAGUAUCAGAGAAUGAUAGAAGAAAAAUUUGAGUACGGGGAAGAAGAGAUGAACAUAAUGAAAGAGAUCCUUGUUAGGCGGGAGAGGGAGAAUCAUUUUCUGGAGAAAGAAGUUGAAGCAUAUCAACAGAUGAAAUCUUUAGGAAAUGGACAGUCAGAAGUUGAUUUGAGUCAUUUGACAAGUGAAUGGGGACAAAAGCCUUUAUAUCCACUAGAUUCGAAUGAGGAUCUGCUGGAUUUUGAGAAAGGCAAAUCAUUAGAUAAGACCAAAGUUGAAAAUGCUGCAAAUUGGUCUUCAAAGUACGAGGCUUCAUCUGCUGAGAUGACAUCUGAGGCUGCUAAUUAAAACUUGCCAAAAAAUUCUUUCAUGUUGUGGAGAAAAACUUGGGAAAGUUAUACAACAUGGUACUGAAGUAUUUGGAUGCAGAGCCAAUUGUUUACAUUGUCCAUGUCAUUGAUGAUAGAUCUGAACUUCAAAAAGAGGAAAAGCAAAAAGAAGGGGGACUAUCAAAUUGUGUUGCUACUCAUUCUGGGAGCCCAAGCACUGAAAUGUUAAGUGAUUGUACAAGUUCUAGAGUUGUAGAAACCAACUAGAACAAUCAUAGUAGUUUUGAAAUGAAAGAUGGGAUACCAGUGUUCAGUUAUUCACAAAGCAAAAACCUGCCGUCUGAUCUAGACAGGAAUUCUUCAGCUGCCUCCAUUGUUGAAAGGUCAAAAAAUGACAUUGAAGUUGAAUUGCCCAGAGAAACACUAGUUAUGUGAGAAGGAAAAGAAAAGUUGACGAGUUCUGCUGAUCAUGGGGAAAUUAUAAAUGCCCAAUUGAAGCUGGUAGAGAUAAUGAACCACCUGGGACAGAUCCAGCAGCUAAGACAGCCUAAGCAACAGGCUUCAUUGCCUCCUUCAUCUUCUAAAUCUAGGGUACAUUGAGAGUUUCACUUGACCACUGCUGGCCUUUUUGAUACAAAAUGGAUUUCCUGAAGACGAGAGACUGCAUUGAAAAAUGAUGUAAUCGCAAAUGAUUUAACAGGGAUGGGAUGAGUUGAAAGAUAGAAUAGGAUUUAUAAAAGACAGAAUUGUUGAAGUUAAAACUUUGUUCCUUUAUAGUUUUUUUCAGUUGAUUUCUGUAUUUAAUUGUUGGGAGAGACUCACAUCUUCGAACUUGAUUUGGGUCAUAGUUUAUUUUUGUUAUUGCUUAAAUAUAAGUAUGUGUGAAUGU